CUCAAGCCAUACAGAUCAACGGUGCAGAUCUAGCGGCGGCGGAUUGAGGGUAUGGCGGAUGAUGAAGAAAUGGAAGAGCUUGUAGAGUUCAUUGAAGACAUAGAUGGGGCAGAGGGUCAUGAAUUUGACCUUCCUGAUGGUAGAGUGGACGUAUAUGCGGUUCUGCGGGUGUUCUCGGCUACCUCCAUCUCCGUGAAGCACGAGGAGCAACCAAGGGUAUGGAGGACUCUUGAACCAAGAAAAGGAGAUGGUCUCAGCACAGUGAAAUUUCGGGCUGGAUCUUCUCAUGUCAUUCGUCCCACGAGAGCCCUACCUGUGACAUCUCUCAAGGCAAGGUCAGAUGCCGAAAUCUGUGGGGCGCUGAAUCACCUAUUCCUUGACGAUCUGCGGGACAAUAGACAACGAAUGGGCAUGCCACCAAGGCGUCAGGCGGGGGCGGGGUUGCCUCCAGUACUAGGAGAUAUAGGCCUCUACUUCACGUUGAAGGGGCGGACCGAGACGCUCAAGCAUCUCAUCUUGUCGGCUGGGCGGAUUUUCGCGACUUUCAUGAACACGCAAGACCCGCUUGACAGCUUAUUGCGGCAAAAUUUCAUUAUGAUGAUCGUGGGGUACCCAGGUGUGGGAAAGACAACGGUGGGUAGCUGCCUGUCGGAGCUGCUACUAGAGUACUGGAUGGCGAACAAGGACAAUCCCGAGUUCAAUAAGGAGCUGGGGGAAAGCCUCACCGACGAUCUCCUCGACGCUUUUAAGGAGAUGAUAUCAAACGUUGUACAGAGUGAAAAAGAAGUCUGCAUGUAUCACUCUCUGGAGACGGCACUGGAUGGGCAGCUUAUGCAGCGUGAGGAUGGUCUUCACUACGAGCAGAUUAUGGCUUUACGGUGCCUUCAUGCGGCUGUUAGUCGGGUGGAUACACCAGAAUAUGAUGCAUGCCUCCAGAAACUAGACGAGGGAGCUCCAGGUCUGAAGCAUCAGUUGAGACUCGACGAUGUUAUAGCUUUCAUCAGGCAGGGUUUGGGCUUUCCUACAGGCCAAAGGAUCUUUCUUUCAUGGUACUUCGACGAGGCAAACAGGGCUUCGGACGUUGGGGAGGGGACGUGGUUACAGUACAUGUUUUCUGCAUACGUCUCCUGGUUUACGUUCAAGCGUGCCUCGGACACGCUUGUGCUGUUUACGGCAGCGACCACACGGUAUUCUGCAGCAUCGCUCUCCAGGAGGGCGCAAACGCUUUACAUUCCGCUCCCGCCCUUGACUAAUGACGACGUCUAUGACAUCGUUCAGGAAUUCUUCGACCGGGUGGCGAGCUCAGUUCGCCAAGGGGCGCGCAUCGAACUGAGCAACGAGUGGAAGAAGGUCCUCCGCUUUGCUGGAGGCAAUCCGAGGAUUGUCUCAUUCCUUUUGAAGGGGCUGGUGUCACGAAGUUUUGGCGCGAUCCCACUGGAGAAGUUCAAUAUGGAGCUGCAGAAGGGAUUAGUUGUGACAAGAGCCAGGGCGUUGGUUGAGAACGCAUCAAAUCUGUUUGUCAACUCAGAGAUUGACUUUCAAGGCAAUUCCAGGUGCUAAAGCUAGUCUGAUGCUGAAGGCCAUCUACAUUUCCCAACUUGGAACUAUCGUCAGACGUGCAGACAAGGUAUGGGACGGGCGCUUUGAAGAUACUUGGGGUGAUUUAGAAGGUCAAGGUAUUGUGGGUUUGGUAGAGAUAGAGCGAGGGCCUCCCACACGUCCCCCACGGAAAGCAUGCAAGGUGUUUUCGGGUGUCGCUCCAAAUGCGCGUGUCAGGUACUCUCCCAUUGCAGCUUACUCUUUGGCACUGGCCGACUCCAUCCCAAAAGGAUUAUGGCCCGAUUUGACAAACGAUUCCUGGGCUGUAAAGGAGGACUCAGACGUCCUUGGGUUAACAUUCAUGCUUUGGCUGAAAACACACUUGGAUGGCGGUCAAGAAUUCAAGCUCAGGGACAUCAUACCUUCCCACUCAAGCUUAAGUGACUACCUGGAUGGUUUAAAUCUUCAAUUGCCUUUGCCACCUGAGGAACUAGAUUGGACAAUCUGUCAGCCAGAGGUGCUACCAACAUCAAGAGCAGAGUUAGAGCUUAUGGCUGGGGAUCCUAAAGCUUUUAUAUUCUCUCUCAAGAAGAAUAUGUAUGUGGACGCUAUCAUAAGGGUACAAAAGAUAUGCAGAAGCAAGGCACCACAGGAUUGUUUUAUCUUGAUUGAGAGCAAGUACAGUUGGAAUGAUCAGAACACUCUUGGUAACAUGAUGGAGAAAGUAUGCCAUAACAUCCAAGAUUGGGGGCUUAAAAUGGAGGAGGUGAUUCAUAUAUAUUGGUCGGAUGAAAAAACUACCACUGCAUGGAAUGCACAAGUUGAAGGAUGGACUCCACAAAAUCUUAUACUUGGUAGCUUUUCUAGCGAGAGUCCAUUUGAAUUGCUUACUUGUAUUUAACAUUAUAUUAACUUCAUAUUGUACAUCCUUCCCAUUCC